AUGACAGGACCGGCUCCAAAUUCUCAGGUCAAUGAUAAAAGAGUGGGUAGAGGAGCAGGAUCGGGUUAUGGUAAAACAUCCGGUCGUGGUCAAAAGGGUCAGAAGGCUAGAGGAAGUAUUCCCAACUGGUUUGAAGGUGGACAGACGCCUAUAUAUAAAAUUUAUCCAAAGAGAGGGUUUUACAGACAUCAGAAACUCGACUUAAAUGAGAUUUCUUUGGCUAGAAUUCAGAGCUUUUAUGAUAGUGGUCGACUUUUAUUGGACCAAGGUGAAAUACUUAAUAUGAAGAAGAUGAAGGAUUGUGGACUUAUUACGGGAACUAUGAAAGAUGGUGUGACUAUUAUUGGCACUGGUUCUCAGAAUUAUCACUUAGACAUUCAGAUGGAAGCCACAAAGGCAUCGAAGUCUGCCAUCAAGAUCAUUGAAUCUCAAGGUGGGAAAUUCCAGUCUAAAUUCUAUUCUAGAUAUUUAGGAUUCCGGGCGCAUCAUUCGCCGCAAUGGUUUAUCAGAAAUAGAGGCUAUCUUCCAUUACAGGCGAAACCUAUUGCCAGAAGAGACAUCAAGUUUUACUCUGAUGCUGAUAGAAACGGAUAUCUUGUCGACUCUGACUAUGUCAAGCAGAUUCAUUUCGGUAAAGCCAAGCAGACCAAACAUGAUACUGUCGCGACGAAGUCUAAUUUAGAUAAGGAGUUGGAAGAGUUGAGCCAUUCGGAGUCCAAGAAUUGCGGCAGACCAGGCUUCUCGGCCAAUAGAAUCAUCAGCUUUAAAGACUUGGCCUUGUAA